AAUCAGAACAAGCAAGACUGCAAGCAAAUGACAUGGUCUCUUCUCAGUCGCGCAACGCACGGCUUUAGCAAAGUCGCUCGCCUCCCUGCUGCUAGCACUUCGACGAUGUGCCUAUAGUGCCUUCCACCGAAACCGGGGAUUAUAUAGCAGGCCUGCAGCUGUGCUUACUACAGCAAUGGCAAGAUUAUUGGAUUUAAGGCAUUGGGGUUUUCACCAUUCCUGUAAGAAAUGCCUACAGGACGAUCAUAAGGGUCCUCCGGAUCAUUGUAGUUCAGCCUCCAUCCUUAAAAAUAUGGCAGGGUUGCUCUGAGCCUUGAUAUCGCUGUCGUCACCCCCAAUCACUUCUCCAUCCACACAUCGCACUAGCAAGUUCGUCACUGAGGGUACGCAUUAUACAAGUUCCCCAAACGACAUGGGCAUCUCGGGCGAGUUUGGUCCUACCCUCAUUGGUGGUGUUGUCUCUUUCAUGUUGUUAUAUGGGAUAAUGAUUUUCCAGGAGCGUUUUCAACAGAAUACUUAUGUGUAUUUCAUGCACUAUGCUGAGGAUGGCCUGGCCAUGAAAUUCCUGGUUGCUGCCAUAUGGUGGGUCAGGCCAACUUUGGACGCCUGCAAACCUGCUGACGCGAAGUCAGGGUUCUUGACACCUUGCAUAUUUCUUUCAAUAACUAAUUAUGGCGUUCCGACGGGUUUGGACUAUGUCGUUUGGUCAUUCCCAGCAUCAAUUCUGAUGAAUUCACUUUUGGUUCUUUCCGUUCAAUGCUUUGCAUCUCAGGACACUGUUGACCGGCAUCCAGUUUGUCGUCCCCAAGUGAGGCGGUUGGUGACCGCCCCAAUCGUGCUGUUCGUGUUUGCUCACUGGGGGUUUAGCGUAGAGACGGCUGUUCUGAUCUUCGUCGAUAACAAGACCAGCGACCUUGCGCAGUUUACGUCUUACGCCGUGAUUCCUGGUUUGGCCACCAUCGUGCUAACGGAAGUUCUGAUCGCGGGGGCACUCUGCGUACUUUUCUACGACAGUGGCUCUCACUCUUCAUUCCGAAGAACGAAACGUCUCCUGAAUAUGCUUAUCAUCUAUGCUGUUAACCGUUGUUUGCUAACUUUACUACUCGCUGUUGCACAGCUUGUCGCAAGUGUUCUUCACCAAGAUGCAUGGUCAAUAGGGAUGGACUUCAUCAUGGCAAAACUAUAUGCGAACUCGCUUCUAGCAUCACUAAACUCGCGGGAACACCUUCGAUCCCAAAUCUCAGGUACCGUGUCCGAUCUACGCAUCGGCACUAUCCACCUCGCGAACGCGCUGCAGCCUUCAGGAGAUGUAGAGAGUUCAAAGAAUGGUGCAAGGUAGUUCAGCGUAUGCGCAGGGGUGUUGUCGAUCCUACCACUAAUCUAGCACUUGAUAAGACUACGGCGAG